AUGGAACAGCGCUGGGUUAAAAUGACUCUGGACGUAAGGGAGGCGGACAUUGGUCUUGGCCCCUUUGGUGUGAGCGCCACUCGAGCUGAGAUGGUGGACUUCACGAGGGAGAUAUUAACAGAGACAGCGAGGAUCAUGGGAGGUCGGGGUCUGCCGGAGAUGAAUCCUUGGGGAUUCCUACUGCCCCUGGCACCGCUGGUGUGGGUGGGCAUCCUGACGGCGAUGCUGGUGGUACCUGCUGUGGUAUUCUUCCUAUGGUCAAUUACCGGGUUAAGAAAUAACGAUGAUACUGUUAGCUCCUCCGAUAUGUUUUUUUGUUACCUUCGUGUAUUUUUACAACAAGGAAGCACUGUGUCUCCUGACCCGUGGUGGGAGAGGACAGUGUUAGCCGUGUGGAUGAUAACCAUGUUGGUGUUGACCAAGAGCUACGCCGGCAACCUCAUGUCCAAUUUAGCUGUGAGAUACAUCCCUCAACCCUAUCAGUCUCUCCGGGACGUGCUUGACGACCCCUCUGUCACUAUGAUAUGGGAGGCCAACAACGCUUACGUGCAAUAUUACCGCGCUGUGGAAUCUGGCGUGUUCCGAGAAAUAGCUGACUUGGAAUCUGAAGGACGCAUUAAGUAUGUGAGGAGCACAGAGUUCCCCAGUAGCAUUGAUAUCUUCGUCAGGAAUGGCGACCACGUCUUGAUAGCAGAGGAUCGUUACGAGAGAGUCCUCAUGGCUCAAGAUUUCUCACGAACAGGUCGGUGUGACUUCUACUCGUCCAGAUCAAGGUUCUUGCCCUUCAUGUCUUCAAUGGUUGGCGCGAAAGACAGUCCUUUGGUUCCUGUCAUUAGUGUUGGCAUCAAGGCGGUGACUCAGACAGGAUUGUACGACCAGUGGACGGAGAAUUACAUGCCUAAUGCUACUUUCUGUGCACAUCCACCUACCAAAAUUACCGUCAACACCUCAUUAACCUUCCACAACCUCUGGGGGAUGUUCGCAGUGAUCCUCGGAGGACACGUCGUCAGCAUUCUCAUAUUGGGGCUCGAGCUCCUAAAUGUUAGACUAUUUCGCCUCUGAAUGUACGAUCACACGAAGGCGAGAAAUGAUAUCACCUACAUCCCUUCAUAACUUCAUAGGAGAAAAUAUGAAGUCAACAUACGUAUUUAUCUACAGUGACAUGCUGCCUUAGGUGAGCAGACAUUAACGAGGUAAACGUUGAACCAGAUUCUCACCAAUAAGGAAUGAACUAAGCAUAGUAUAACGAUAAAGUUUAACACAAUGAAUAUUACAUUACCUAGUUUCAGGUAAUAUAAAUUAUUUAAUCAUUCCACAGAUAAAUGAUAAUACACUCAUUAGUUUGGCAUCAGUAGGAUAUGGACACAUACACUGUCUUAUUUUAUAUUUGAUAUGUGUUAAGGCUACGUAAAUUAUGUUCCUGAUCAACCACAAAUUGCACAAUUGUAAACUAAGCACAAAUGUAUCAAUUUCAUCAAGCAGCAAAUAUGCUAAGGUCAUUUUAUCAUAUUAAGACUUCUUGAUUAUGUAAAUAAAAUAUGAGAUAUUUUGACAACUAUGUGUUUCCUAACUUAUUAAUGUGGACAUUCAACAUUAUCCACAGUACUUACUUUUCAAUAGUGAUAUAUUUGUUAAGUAUGCAUAUACCAUAUAACUCGUAUAUAUUGCAAUUAACUAAUAAUAUCAAUUAUAUACACCUUGUUUUGUACUUCUCCUUAGUCUGUACUCACCCCUGAAGAUGUGAAUUACACGAAAGCGCUUGGCAA